GCACGCACACGGAAGUUGUUUUUUUCAGUGGUUGUGAAGUUGUUGCCACGUCGGUUCAGAACGUCGUUCUUGAUACAUCGUAAAACCGAGAUACUUUGAUAACGGGGUUACACGUCUGGCAGUGCRAUUUCUCUGUUUAGGGACAAACUCAUUACGAUAAUCUUCAAUCAUGGUUUCCGUCAUCAACACGGUGGACACCUCCCACGAGGACAUGAUCCAUGAUGCCCAGAUGGAUUAUUAUGGCACCAGACUGGCCACCUGCUCUUCUGACAGGUCUGUCAAGAUCUUCGAUGUUAAAAACGGUGGACAAAUCCUAGUGGCAGAUCUGAGAGGCCACGAGGGUCCUGUGUGGCAGGUGGCCUGGGCUCACCCCAUGUACGGCAACAUCCUGGCCUCAUGUUCCUAUGACAGGAAGGUGAUCAUCUGGAAGGAAGAGAACGGAACCUGGGAUAAGAUGUACGAGUACACUGGACACGACUCUUCCGUGAAUUCAGUGUGCUGGGGUCCCUAUGACUUUGGUCUGAUCCUGGCCUGUGGCAGCUCAGAUGGAGCCAUCUCAUUGGUCACCUGCUCUGGGGAUCAACAGUGGGACAUUAAGAAGAUCAGCAAUGCACACACAAUUGGCUGUAACGCAGUGAGCUGGGCUCCAUCUGUGGUGCCAGGUAGUCUGAUAGACCAGCCCUCGGGUCAGAAACCCAACUUCAUUAAGAGGUUUGUCUCAGGAGGCUGCGACAACCUGGUCAAACUCUGGAAAGAGGAGGAUGGCCAAUGGAAGGAGGACCAGAAGCUGGAGGCUCACAGUGAUUGGGUCAGAGAUGUAGGCUGGGCUCCCUCCAUAGGACUACCCACCAGCACCAUCGCCAGCUGCUCUCAGGACGGCAGGGUCUUCAUCUGGACGUGUGACGACCCUUCAGGCAACACGUGGACGGCUAAACUCCUCCACAAGUUCAACGACGUGGUGUGGCAUGUCAGCUGGUCCGUCACUGGAAACAUCCUGGCCGUGUCCGGAGGGGAUAACAAGGUGACGUUGUGGAAGGAGUCGGCAGAUGGCCAGUGGGCCUGUAUCAGCGACGUCAACAAAGGCCAGGGAGCCGUAUCGUCCAUCGCAGACGGCGCGACGAACGAGCAGUGAUCCAGGCACAGAAGGACAUUCCACUCCUCCUCCUACCCCCACAGAGAAUGAAUGGGCUACUACUCCAGAGACACUUCUACCAUCUAGCAUAGUCCCAGAUCUGGGCUAACUACCACCUGUUAAACUCCAUAGUGGCCCCUCUCUCUCUCUUUCUCUUAACAGACUUUAAGACCAUAUUUUAUGAUGAAAUUUCGCUAAAGACYGAUUGAGGUUUCAUCGUUCAGUUUACGAUGAUCCAGAUUUAAAUGGUUACCAUUGAGUGAAACUACCUUUAAUUAAAACCUUAAUUAAAACCUGCUCAAAACAUCCAUAGAAACAAAUAUGAAACUGUUUUUGUGAAAGAUUUUCUUCCAAUUGAUUGUUAGAAACAAGAAUGUUAUGUUUUCAUAUUUCAAAUAAUUAAAAAGAACUUAAAGGAAAA